AUGCAGAACGGAGACGAAGACAAGCGCCAAGGGUCCACCAACCCUCCCACUGCCGCCCAGCGAAGAAGGGGCGACCCGAGCGAGGGCAGCGAGGUUGCCUCGACCCGCCGCCAGGCCACCGCCCGCGAGGUUCGCCUUCCGCGGACCCAUCCCUCCGUCUCUCCUCGCCCGGGCCCCCCGCCCACCGACCCUCUCCCGUUCCUCCCUGCCGACGCAGGGCCGACGGAGGCUUCGCCGCUGUUCCCGGAGCAGCGCCGGUUCAUCUUCCGCUGGUUGGACCAGAUCGCUCUCCCAGAGGACUGCGAACCGGCCAAUUCGGAAGAGUGUGCCGAGAGGGAAGGCCCAGAGCCGGAGAAGAAGGAGGAGCACGAGGCGCCUCAGUCUAAGAGCGUAAGCGCAGUCGAGAGCCGGCUUCGUAGCCUUCAAAUUCGGAGCCACCAGCUCAGCUCCCAGCGGGGAUCGCCGACCGAGCUGUCAUUUUCGCUGGUGUUUGACCACCAAUCCUCUCCACCACGCGCCCUGAGUUCUAGCAGCGCCUCUAGCAGCGCUUCCUCCGAUACGUUGCCGGUUGCCCAGUUCGCCGAGCUUCCCGGGAACCCGAGGGUCCGAAAUUCGGGCUUUCCUACUAGCAAACACAAGGCGGUUGAGGAUGCGAAAAAAAUGCAGGCGAUUGUUGAAGAGGACUGCAACAAGGCGGGGAAGGAUGUUCCGCCCUACCAACUCCAAGAGUUAAUCGGCAAAGGGAAUUACGGUCGAGUCUACAAGGCCACCGACGUCAAAACGAAAGCACUCGUCGCCGUCAAAAUCAUCAACAUCGAGGAGGGCGACACCCUCAACCCGAAACUCGCUGACACGUACAGCGAGUUCAUGCAUGAGUUCUCGACACUCAAAAAGCUCAGCGAGAGCGGCGCUAAAAAUAUCAACCUCAACCUCGACGCUCUGCCGGUUGGUCAGGCCAUGUGGAUGGUCACAGAGUACUGCGCCGGAGGAAGUGUCGCGACCCUGAUGAAGCCCACAGCGCCUGGCGGAUUGCAAGACAAGUGGAUUAUCCCCAUCGUGCGAGAGGUGGCAGAGGCCAUUUUCUGGGUCCACAAAGAAGGCAUCAUCCACCGAGACAUCAAAUGUGCCAACGUCUUGGUGACUGAAGCGGGAAGCGUUCAGCUCUGCGACUUUGGCGUGGCCGGGAUUGUCGAGUCCAAGGUCGACAAGCGCACCACCUUUAUCGGGACCCUUAACUGGAUGGCCCCGGAGCUCUUCGACCCUGUUCCCUCCUACAGCACACCAGUCGACAUCUGGGCCUUUGGCUCGUUGGUCUAUGAAUUGGCCUCGGGUCUCCCUCCGAACGUCAUGGCGGGCUUCAACGUACAUCAGCUGGGCCAAUACAUCAAGCAUCACGCUCCGCGCUUGGAGGGUGACUACUCAGACCAGAUCAAGGACCUAGUGGCCUUUUGCCUCGUUGAAGACCCGGCCAAGCGGCCAAGCAUCCAGGAAAUCCAGCGGCACCCAUUCAUCUCCGGCACCGAGGAGAAAUACCCGGCCGCUUCGCUCGCCAACCUCGUCAAGGCAUACAAAUUAUGGGAGGGUCAAGGCGGUGUCAGGAGGUCGCUGUUUGCUCCUGUCGGCGUGCUAGGGCCGUCGGACUAUGAAUCCUCGACCCUCCCUAGCGACGAGUGGAACUUCAGCACCACCGUAGACUUUGACCGGCAGCUCGUUGACACGGAUGCCCGGGCGGUUUUUGACGUGUAUGGGUCCAACGUCGACUUUGAGCUGAACGAGCAAACCUCUCGCCCCCCCAAGCCCAAGCAGCGCCGACGACUUCCUCCACAGCUCCAACCAAAAACGGUGCCUCUCGAGAAAGUAUUCGACCCCAACACCAUCUCCAACUACGAAGACAAUUCGCGCGCAUACUAUGGCAGAGCCCCGCCCCCUCCCAUGACCACCACGUCUGACCUUCCCUUGCGAGACGACUCGCUUCACUCGACCCUCCGGGAGUCGCUGAUUGACCUUGAUGCCUCCCUUCACGAUGGUGGCGACCUCUCCCAGUUUGUCGACAUGGCGACUAUCCGGGCUGGCAUGCGUGUUCCCAGCGACUCGGAGAAUGAGGAUGUUACCGACUUUAAUAAACCACCCUUGAGCGAUCCCGCCGACUUGAACCCCAACCGCCGUACCCAGGAGUGGAAGUUCCCGACCAUGGCCCCCCCGGCAUCCGCCAAUCCGGAAAUGUCCCGGUUCCCGUUCCACGAGCAACGGUCCGACCCGACGCCACGUCCUCCUUUGAUUUAUCACCCGACAGAAGACCCGAACGGUUUCCACGCCGAGCCGUAUGAUCCCGCACCGCCCCAGCCCCCUCAAGACAACCGUGCCUCGGUGGGGAGUCUUAUCGAUCUCGACGAAGGCCUGGUAAUGCCUGAGCUGGUCCGGCCAUCAACGGCCAACUCGGAUGUCGCCUCGGUGGCUGGCUCAGAUAUCGGUGGCGCCAACCCGUUUGAUCUCGAGCGCCACGCGUCCCUCUACCAGCCGACUCAACUCGGGAUCCGCGAGCCCUCCAUCUUCAUAUCGGAUGACAGCGAUUUUGCCCGUUUAGCGAGGGCUACUACCGAUGACACACAAUCAAUGCCUCCCGAAUUCAUCCCUGCCGGCGGCCGCAGCGGCUCACAGUCGGCGUCCCACUCGCGCUCCACCAGCUACGACGACGACAGCUACUCGACGAGCGGGUACGAAUCCGAGUACCUCACCAUGGGCAUGUCGACACCCGUGAGCAUAUCGGACAGGCCCAGCAGGGCGCGUACCAGGGCGCGGUCGCAGUCCGGCGCGAGCAUCAACAGCACGCAGCUGCAGCACCCGAGGGUCGCCGCCAUGAACGGCUCGGGGGCGGAUCACGCGGAUGCCAACGGGGGCGUGCCGGCACCGCCGUCGGCGAGAGUCAUGCAGGGCGCCGCCGGCCGCGAGCAGGUGCGCGACGAGGUGAUGCGCUUGCUCGCGAGCUUCUCGGAACAACUCGGUGCCACAAAUGCGUAUGUUUCUGCGCUGCCCGUGCGGGCGGGGCGCAGGGGGAGCGAGGCUUAUGCUGGUUGA